AUGGAGAGGCUGAAGCAGAUGCUGGGGAGGAAGGUGCCAGAGCCAGUAGGAAGCAGCUACCGGCUUCCCCAGGAGGAGAGCGGCCCCUGUCCCCGCUGGCAGGGAAGCAGCUUGUGGCCAGGCCAAGUGGUGGACGUGCCUGGCAUUCUGGAGGAGGAAGACACCAGCUCCCAGAGCAGGGUGGGGCCCGCUCUGCCCUGGGGUUCCUUACAGAGGAGGGGGGCACAUUAUCCCUUCUCUCUCCACUUCACCCCGUCCUUCCCCUCGGCAGCAGCCGGAGUCACCCUCUCUCCUUCUCUGCCUGGUGCAGGGACCUGCAGUGUCCAGCUGGAGGACGAGGAGGAGGAUGUGUCCCCAGAGGAAGCUGCCAUCAGGGUCAUCCAGCAGCAUCUCCAGGGCAGAGCUGAGCGGGUGCAGGACAGGGCCAAGCAGCUCCGCUUCCUGCACGCUAUCCCCACUCUGUGCUUCUCCGCACAAAAGCAGGGACAGGACACCCUGGAGCCGCACUGCUCCAAAGCGGCCCUCAUGGGGAGCAUUGCGGAGCUGAUUGAAGACCUUCCCCUGGAGUCUGAGCCAAGCUCCAUCCUCUCCAGCUCUAUGGCCACGGUUUGCCACCUCAGGUACCAGAAUCCUCCCGUCCAGCUGCCCUAA